AUUGAUGCCAACGUCGUUGGCAUAGCAAACGAUUGCGCCCUAUAAUAUCAACAAGAAUUAGCUAUUGCGCCAUUUUGUUCGUCAAAUAUGAAAUGGACUAUAUUACGAAGAAUUUGCUCAUUUGAAAAGAUUAGCAAUGCGAAAGUAAUUGCACGCAUUUUCGGCGUUCAAAGGCACGCAUUUGAACAGUACCUAUCGAUAGAUCAAUGAUGUUUAACACGCCGGAAGUGAAUCUAAAAAGACGUAUGUCCAAAUAUGGUAUCUAAACGAUUGCUUCGCCAUAUACGGCGUUGAUUUCCCCAAAUAAGUAUCCCGGCACGUGUGUUAUUAUUCCUUCUGCCAUAUAAAAAGCUUCCUACAACAUGGACAACGAUCAGAAUGAAAUAAGUGAGACUAUCAUCACUCAGGGAAACAUUGAAACUUCGACUCAACAAAACAACGAGACAGUCACGGAAGGCGACAUGCAGCAAUCACAACAACAACAGCAUUUACAUAGGGGUGUAAAAAGAGAUGUCGACGAAAUAAACAGUAGCUCAUCGGAUCAUGAGGAUAUUGAGGAUAGUAAGAUCGGUAUUAAACCAGGAAAGAAAACUCGUGGUCGAGUGAAGAUAAAAAUGGAAUAUAUUGAUAAUAAAUUGAGAAGAUAUACAACUUUUAGCAAGCGGAAGACCGGCAUAAUGAAGAAGGCUUACGAGCUCAGUACUUUAACUGGCACACAAGUGAUGCUUCUUGUUGCAUCAGAAACAGGUCAUGUCUAUACUUUUGCAACGCGGAAACUUCAACCAAUGAUAACUUCAGAGAGUGGUAAAGCCUUGAUACAGACAUGCUUAAAUUCUCCAGACCCUGCUCUCAACACUGUAGCCCUUGACCAACGUAUGUCCGCAACUGGUUAUGAAGAACCGGACCUUUCUUAUUCUUCCCAUGAAACUGCAGUCAAUGGCGACAAGGACGGGAAAGCAUCCAUAUUCCUGAAUCAGAAUAUCGACUUAAAUCAAGCUGGCAGCGGUUCCAUGACCGGAAUCACUUUGCAAACAGCUGGAAAUGGUUCUUUUCCGAUGACUACCUAUUUACCACCAUCAACAACACAAGCAUUGAACGCGUCUAAGUCUGGUGUCCAAUCCCUUUCAGUCCAGACCGUGCAUGGUGCAGGCUACGCUACGAUAUUUUCACCUCCAGGAGCAACUUUCCCUAAUGGAGCAUAUCAGUUGGGUUCUGGUGGGCAGCAACCUCUUCCUCAGGUGGUUAAUCCACAUCUCCACCGAAUGCAGGCAGCAACAACAUCUGCAAACUCACACAUGGACUCGACGGUGACGUCACAUAAUCAUCACGGAAGUCCCGAGCAUGCUGGCGGUGAGAGUCCAGGCCACCACAGACAUAUGUCAGGCGUUCCAAUCAACGUUUUGUCCAUGCCAGGAAACGAGAGCAGUCAGAACAAUGCCGCGGUCUACACCAGUGGGAAUAUGCCAUUGAUUUACAACUCUGGUAGUUUACUGUAUGCUACACCUCCUACCACUCAAAAUGAUGGCGAUUCAUCUGUUCAGUCACAUAUUGUUAUGCAUGAUGGUAACAUUGUUACCAAUCAAGGUAUUCCUGUUUCUUUACAACAUGUACCAACGCAACUCCAGGUGCAUCAGGAAUACUCGAAUUCGUUGCAGCAUCAUUCAAAUGGGAUGCAUGACAACCACAAUUCUACAAAUGAAAUGGUAGGAUUGGUCGAUCCCAGUUCUCUUACUGUGCACGCGGAAGGAGCAAUGGAGAAGAACAUGGGCUCACAUAAAUAAUGACGUCGUUUGCUCAUGCUGUUGCAGAAGAAAGAACGACUGCGUUCUAUAACGCAAUCACACAUUACGUCAUGUUGACGUAAUUGUCUUUAGUGAUUGACGUUUCUUGCCAUUGCGGAAUUGAUUGCGUUAGGAUGUAAAGAAGUCAUGUGUUAUUGUAUGGUUCGAUGUACUGGUUGUGGGAACCAUCUAUCGUAAAGGAUACGGCAUGUGUUGUUUGUCUUUUGGCGUGGAUUUCUUUUAUUUGGUGUUAAAAGCUCGGUGUUCAUGGUUUUAGGAUUUCUAUUAAAAUUGAGAACAAUUUGAGGAAAUAAUAUGUAUUUUUUGAAAGGUGACGAUAUCCGCUCUUUGUUUUUAAUCGAAAAGCAGUUCUUCCUCAUAUGAACUCAGGAGCUGCCAAAAAAUCACAUGAUAAACAUAACGGAACAUUAUUGUUCCGUUCGCACGCGGAACCGGAAAGAUGGCGUGAUGUUUAAAGAAGGCGUGAAGAGUGCCUUUGAAGUAUUGAUAGUCGAUUUUAAUUGUGACGAGACAUAACAUAACAUUAUUGUUAGAAAAUAAUUUGUACAUUCCGAUUGUAUAUAGUAUUUUGUAGUAAUUUGUAAAUAACCACAGUGUUAUCAUAGAUUCAGCGUUUAAAGAGAUGUAUAACAUAACAA